AUGCCCAGAUCCUUCCUCGUGGACUCGCUCAUCGUGAGAGACUCGAACGAGAAGGGCUCGCCCGGGGUGUACGAGGCGAGCACACCUAUACUGCCUUACGCCGUGCACCCGUCUCACUCCCUGGCUCUCUCCGCGGGGGCCUGUCACACUCGGAAAUCCGGGCUGCUCUGUGUGUGUCCACUGUGCGUGACAGCCUCUCAGCUCCAUCCCACCCAGCCUGGCAUCCCCUUCCUCAAGGCACAGCUGCCCGCCUUCAGUCCCCAGUACUGUCACUCCACCCUCAGUAGGCAUCACAGAGCAAAUGGGAUCAAUAUGGACCACGGGGCCAGCAUCUACUCGGCAGCGUAUCCCGUGGCAGACCCGAGACAGUUUCACUGCAUCUCUCUGGACACCAGCUCCAGCCAGUUGCAGAGCAGCAAGCGGAUGCGCACAGCUUUCACCAGCACACAGCUGCUGGAACUGGAGAGGGAAUUCGCCUCCAACAUGUACCUGUCCCGACUGCGCAGGAUUGAAAUCGCCACCUACUUGAACCUGUCCGAAAAGCAGGUGAAAAUCUGGUUCCAGAACCGCCGCGUCAAACACAAAAAGGAAGGCAAGAGCGGCGGUGCCCAGCGAUCCCCUCUGAACUGCAAGUGCAGCUCCCUGACAUCAGCUCGGUGCCCCGAGGCUGAGGAAGAGGUGCCCAUGUCACCUUCCUCUUCUGGCAAAGACGAGAGGGAUCUGUCAGUCACCCCCUGA